AUGGCUGGUUCCAAAAAAGGUAUUGGUGUGCCAGCAGUUGAUGCAAUAUUUUUCGUCGGAGUGACAUUCAUUUGUGUGAUGGUCGCCUCCGCAGAUAGAGCAAGUGGCGAAUUCUUGAGUGCAAGAUCAACUUCUAGUUCUAGUAUUGUUGCCUCAAAUACGGGCGAAGAAGCAGCCCUCGAAGGCGAAAAAACAUUUUCCAAUGUUGUUCAAGAGGAAAGACCUGCUUCACACACUGGCGAAGAAGUAGAAAGUUCAUCAAGUUCUGAUGAAGAAUCUGCUGCACAAAUACAAAUUAUUCCGUCUAUUUCUAUGAAAGAUAUUGGAUUAUGGCCUAACAAAAUUGACGACAAUACAAGAGUAUUUCUGGUACGUCAAGGUCCCUUUGCAAUUCAAAAUUUGGACGCCGACUUCAGCGAAGGAGUAAAACGUCCUAAUAAUACAAUCAAAGCCAAAGGUGAAACAAGAAAACUGAGUCAGGACUGGUUUUUUCAAACUUUGCCUAAUGGCGAAAAGCUCUUAAGAUCGUGGAUGGUAUAUUCACCAUCGAAGAAAAGUACUUAUUGUUUCUGCUGCAAACUGUUUGAUAAUCUUUGUCAAGCAGGUUUUAAUACGGAAAAUGGUUUUAACAAAUGGUGGAAACUUAAUCCCAAAAUUAGUCAAUAUGAGGUGAGUCCACUGCACAUUUGA